AUGUCGGUGGAGAUCGACGGCAAGCAGCUCUUGUUCGUGAGGUGUCUCCGGUGGAAGUUCCGGGGGAACGAAAGAUCAGAGCUCGAUGGAGGCUGGAUUCAUUUCUCUUGGGAUCUCCACAACUGGUUCUUCCAAUCUAAGGAACGCAAACCGAUACCGUCAGUCGCUGGCACCCGCGACUCCGCCCCGAAAGAGCUAGGGCACACCGUGUUUCUGCUUUGGUUCGAGGGCCCGCAGAAGUCAAGUCCUCAGCGAGAGGAUAAUUUUACUAGAAGUUCAAUCUUCAGAAAUUGGGUGAUCGAGAGAUACGAUAGAAAAAUGGGGCGCAUUAAUUGGAGCUGGAGUGGUAGUGGAGUUGUCGGAGAGCAUAGAAGGCGAGGGAGGAAGAGAAGCACGCAGAAAUCCAGCUACUCCUCUUCGGCUUCGUCGGCCUCGUCAGCUAGCACUUGGUCGCUGAUGGAAUGGGCGAGCCCAGAGGAAGUGGAGCUACGGCGAGUGCAGGGCUUCUCCCUACUUGUCUACGCCUAG